AAUAAUACGACCACGUGUCUUUAAGCGGUCAUUCAGACAUGCCCCCCGCCGAGCCCACGUGGCAUCUGUAAAGCUGUUGUUUACAGUGGAGUUUAGCUUAGUUUGAGAUUUUUUUGUUCUGUUUUUGUGUGAGUUUUACUUGUAGUUCAUAGAAAAAAAUGAUUUUUUUCCCAGGGAUUAUAUUUAGCAUAAUUUAUAUGAUAUAAAAAUAUAUUGAAUGUAAUUUAAAAAUAUAUAUCGCAAGAUAUUUUAAUUAAAUAACCUUAUUUGUGACAAAAUGACAAAAUAUAAAUUAUUUUUUAAAAUGCAUUUGUACAUUUUUCCUUUGCAGUAUACACCCGGUACUUUCUGCAGUUGAGUAAAUAAACAGUCCUGGCUUUUACGUGACAAAAUAUGGUAACACACACGAGUUUUACACCUCGUUCCUGGUACUUUGUGGCCUUUUAUAUGACAAAAACGCAGUCAUUUGUGUCAAUUGUAAACAACAGCACAGCAAAUAGAACACGCAUGACUUUCAUACCCACAGCCAACAUUUUAAAAUGCAUGCAGAGGUAGGUAACUCACCUGGAUCAAUGAUACUUUCUGCAGUUGAGUCAGUGAACAUUCCUGGACUUGAUAUGGCAAAAUCCUUUUACGCACUUGACACUAAUGGCCCACAACAUCACAUACACUUGCACAAAAUAGCUGUAGCAUCAUGGUGAGAGUUGUUGCUAAUAUUUUAUGGUUACUGAGAGGGUCAAGUUUGCUGUUCUCCACCAGUGCAGAAGACAGGAAGUAUGUUUAUGUUCAUGAAGCAUGUUUAUGAAGCAUGUUUAUCAUUGUAGAUGCAUUGAAAGGAUGGCCCAUCAGAUCAAAUGAGUCCUGGGCCCAAAAUAACUAAGCUGCAUGAUGUGUGCACUUGCUAUUUUGGAUUAGUCCCAAUGGUGAAUAAUGCACAGAAAGCCCUAAUUAGCUUUGCUAUUCAACUAGCUUAUAAAGGGCAUGGCGUGUGAUUUGAAUACCUGUUGACCUCAGUGUCACCGUUAGCUAAUGAACCUGUCUCCAUCACAACUCCCCAUCAGCAGUAUGUCUUAAUAAGCCGCUGGCAUGCCUCCACAAAGACAUACCUGGAUGCGAACAAAAGCUUUGCAAACAAGAGUCGUGGAGAUGACCGCAAAUGAAUGGCAGGCAGAUGAGCAAGGGAACAGCUUCUAGAAGGGGGUCCAAAUGACGUCCAAAUGGCAUGUGCUAAGACAAGGUAUAAAAGGUAUCUUUCUCCGGGGAGGAUGAACAAGCAGAUGCCUCCCUCUUACAGCCCACAGAAGAUGAGGUGGUUCACCCCCAAAUUGCAACACCUGGCUGGGUCGCACUCCUCUAACAAGAAGGUCCUGGUUCUUCUUCUGCUUCUGCUGCAGUCCCAGGCGGCGCUCUGCGAUGCCCACGGUGUGUCCAGCGAGUGCUGCAGGCAGCCCUCUCGCCCGUGUCGCCUCCACCUGUUUCUGUGUCGCUCGGGCGGGACCGAAACGGUGUUGGGCGACGCCUCGGCCGGCAUCCUGACUCUGGGCAAGCGCACGCAGGACGAGCACACCUUCCAAAGUCGCCUGCAGCAGCUCCUCCACGAGUCCACGGACCGCUCGGCUGGCAUCCUGACCAUGGGCAGGAGGGCCCAGCCAGGAGUCAAAGGUCACUAUGCGCCGUGGGCGCCCCCGUCGGACGUCACUGUCACUCCUUUGCCUAUUUGAUGUUCUGCAAAGCAUCCUGGGACUUCUUAUAAAUACGACAGUAUGGCACUGCAAUGUAAUAUUGUACAUAGUGUGUCUUACAUGUAAUAAAAUGCAACACUGACAACAUACCAUUAUUCAUGCAUGUCAAUAUCUUUUACUUUAUUGUUACUACAAGCAAUAAUAUUCUGUUUAUUGUAUUCAUAAUAUUACAACAGCUUUAUGGAAAAUGCCAACAAGUAUGAGUUUCAUAAUGUGUUAUUGUGAUUGUCCUUUGACAGCUGUUGCUAAUAUUUUGCCCCUGUCAUGUAUCUCCGUAUGUCAGGUAACCAAUAAAUUAGAAACACCUCAGUGCAAACUACCACCACCCGGAAAACUGAGCAUCUUUGUGAAAGUUCACGUUAGAUGGUACAGGUGUACCUACGAAGUUUAACAUGAAUAAUUAUUACAAAAUUAUUAUUGUAAUUGGCUUAAGAAAACAAUAGUAAUACCCAAAUGAAUAAAUGUAUUUUUGAUUUACUGCGACGGCGUAAUUGAAUACAGUAUCUGGAUUUACCGUAAUACGACGUAUAUACGGGUCGCACAAUUUGACACGGAGUGCGUUUUUGGCUGAAUUUGUUUAAAAAAAAAAGUCUGGAUUACAAUGUUGGUAAAUCGUGUCAUAUGUUCAGAAAUUAAUUAAUAAAUAA